AUGGCCGCCCAGGACGUCUCCCUCGCCAGCCUCGCCGCCACCAUCUCCGAAACCACCAAGGCCAUCAACGCCCUCCUCGAGCAGAACGGCGCCCCCGCCCCUUCCUUCGCCGCCGAUGGCCCCGUCGACUACCCCAGACACCCCGAGCUCGCGGGCCUCCGCUUCCAGCUCAUCGACGCCGCCUCGGACCUGUACCGCCUAGCCCUCGGUCCCAGCGACCACGGCCUCAUGCAGCCUUUAUUCCUCAACCACGACGCCCUCGUUCUCGACACCCUGAACCAAUUCGACUUCUGGAACGCCGUCCCCCUCGACGGCUCCGCCACCAUCGCCGAAAUCUCCAAGCACACCACCCUCCCCCAAUCCCUCGUCCGCCGCUUCCUCGCCUGGGCCUACACCUCGCGCCUCUUCGCGCCCCACGGCGGACCGGGCUCCGACGCCGUCGUCCACAGCUCCCUCUCCGCCGCCAUGGUCAAGAAACCCUUGCUGCGCUCUUGGCUCCGCCACAACCUGCAAGAGGCCCGCCCCGCUAGCGUGCACACUCCCGAGUCCUUUUGGAAGUACAGCGCCGGCCGCGACGCCGCCUCCGAGGAACCCUCCGAGGCCGGCUUCACCCUCGCCAACGUCGACCGCCUCGAGAAGCCCGAGGGCUACUGGGACUACCUCAAGAGGUCCGUCGAGGGCAAGCCCGAGGGCUACCGCGCCAAGGAAUUCGCCAACGCCAUGGAGGCGGCGGCCUCGGCGUCCGCGCUCGGCGAGGAAGAGCUUCUCAAGGCUGGGUAUGACUGGGCGAGUCUCGGAGAGGCCACCGUCGUCGAUGUCGGCGGUUCCAACGGCCACACCGGCCUAAUCCUCACCAACGCCUUCCCCAACCUCAAAUUCGUCGUCCAAGACCUCCCCGAAGUCGAAGCCGCCUACGAGUCGCACAUCCCCGCCGACGUGCGCGCCAAGGUCUCCUACGAGGUCCGCGACUUCUUCACCCCGCAGGCCACCGCCGGCGACGUCUACAUGCUCAAGAUGAUCCUGCACGACUGGCCCGACAAGUACGCCCUGCAGAUCCUCACCCCGCUCGUGCCCCACCUCCGCAACGGCUCCCGCCUGCUCCUGUGCGAGGUCGUCGCCCCGCCUCCCGAGGCGCCCCUGCCCCCGACCCUGCGCCGCAUCUUGACCUGCUCCGACUUGCAGAUGCUGCUGGCGUUCAACUCGCUCGAGCGCACGGCCGAGCACUGGAAGACGUUGGUCAAGAGGCUGGAUCCCGGUCUCGAUGUCGUGUCUAUUUCGGAUAUUCCUGGAUCGAUCCACAACUUUAUCGAGAUCAAGUUCACGGGUUAA